AUGGGAGUGACAGGGAGAGCCCUUGUGCUGGUGCUCAGCCUCGAAGUGCUUCUGGCACCUGCAGACUGCCUCCAGCCCCGACCAGGCUGGCGCUUCGCCUCCUAUGAGGUGGUGAUUCCCUGGAAGGUGCCUCCCCAAACCGGUGUCCCUGAGGAAUCAGGGAGGCACACAUACAUUCUGUACAUCGAGGGUCAGAAACGAGUGGUGCACCUGAAAAUGAGGAAGCUCUGGAUGCCCCGACACCUCCCAGUGUUCACCUACAACGACCAGGAGGUGCUCACGGUGGACCUGCCCUUCAUCCCUGAUGACUGCUACUACCAGGGUGUCGUGGAGGGCAUACCCCAGUCCGUGGUGGCCCUUAGCACCUGUUCCGGAGGCCUCCAUGGGAUGCUAAAGAUGGAGAAUCUCACCUAUGAAAUUGAGCCACUCUCCACCACCAUCACCUUUCAGCAUCUAGUUUAUCGUUUGGAGGAACUGGAGGACGGUGGAUUUAAAAUGAAAUGUGCCACAACUGAUGAGGAACUUAGUCAUCACAGCUUUCAACCACUGUCAGACAUAAUGCCAGAAACUUUAACCAAGGAGGGCACUCAGGCACCCACUAGAUUUGUGGAGCUGGCUGUGGUGGUAGACCAUGAACGGUUUAUCUUCUUAAAUCAAAACAAAACAAAAGUGGUGGAGCAAGUUUUAAUCAUAGUUCAUAUGACUGACAUCCUGUAUGACCCACUGAGAAUCCAUAUAUUUUUGGUGGGCCUAGAAAUAUGGACUCAAGGUAAUCUAAUUGAUACUGUAGGUCCUAUAUGGACAGUUGCUUUGGAUUUUCAGAUGUGGCAACAGAACACUCUUCCCAGACGCUUGCAAUAUGAUACUGCACAUUUAAUUAUCUUCAACUCAUAUGGGAUCUACCUUGGGUCAGGCUACGUAGGAAACAUUUGUAGUGAAAAUCAUGCCACAGCUCUUCUCUCCUUCACCGACAACAACUUGAUUUUAUUUUCUGCCCUUUUUGCUCAUGAGCUCGGUCAUAACUUGGGCAUGCAUCAUGAUGUGGAGACCUGCUCUUGUAAAGGGAAAAAUUGUAUCAUGAGUUCUAAUAUAUUUAAGGGAGAAACCUUCAGUAACUGUAGCUAUAAUUACUUCUACAAACAACUGACCAGUGAUGCACACUGUUUAGCUGACCCCCCAGAAGAACAAGAAGUCUACUUUUUAAGGCACUGUGGUAAUAGGAUGGUGGAAAAUGGAGAACAAUGUGACUGUGGAUCAGAAAAGGAUUGUGAACAGGAUCAUUGCUGCGAGACCGACUGUAGGCUGUCUCCUGGUGCUGAUUGUGCUUUAGGUCAUUGUUGUAAGGACUGCAAGGUUGUUCCUGCAGGACAAUUAUGUAGAGCUCAGAUUAGUAGCUGUGAUCUCCCAGAGUACUGCAAUGGAGUUUCACCAUGGUGUCCACCUGACACAUAUGUGCUCAAUGGAAGCCCGUGUGGAGACGGAGGCUUCUGUUACGAGAAAUAUUGCCGAGGCCUUGACCAACAAUGCAAAAGCAUCUUUGGCCAAAAAGCAAAAAGUGCUUCCUUAAAAUGUUUCAAGGAAAUAAACAUGGAAGGAGAUCGUUUUGGUAACUGUGGCUUUUUGGGGGACAGAUAUGUGAAAUGUGCUGAAGAUCAUAUCUUAUGUGGAAGAAUACUGUGUGAAAAUGUAACAGAAAUCCCUGUUAUGAAGGAUUUUAUCAGCAUCUUCCAGAUGAAUGUUAAUGGCACUACCUGCUGGGGGACAGAUUAUCACUUUGGGAUGAGAGGUAUUGAUAUUGGAGAAGUGAAAGAUGGAACAAGGUGUGGACCAAAGAAAAUGUGUAAGAAUAGGAAAUGUGUCGAUAUUUCAGAAGAAAAGAAUGCAUGUAAUGCAACAACAUGUAAUGACCGAGGCCUGUGCAACCAUAAUCGGAAUUGUCAUUGUCUAUAUGGAUGGAAUCCACCCUAUUGUAAUUUUAAAGGCUAUGGGGGAAGCAUUGACAGUGGGCCUGCACCCAAAAAGAAAUUCAGCAAAUUCCUAAUCCUUUACAUUGGAAUGACCUCCGUUGUUCUGGUUCUUACAACUUCACUAUUGACAUAUUUUGAAUCCAAAAUCAGGGCAAUGUUAUUUAAUAGAGACCACUUAAGAUCAACUGAUUCAUCAAUGAAAAUAUAG